CUGCUCGCAAUGAGCAUGUGAUCGCCGUGUAACCGAGCAGCUGACCUGAAACCCAAACUUCCUCUUCUUGGGGUUUAGUGACCUAUGAGUGUGUAUUGGGGAAGAAGCGCAGAGCGGUGAGAUAGAGCGAGGAACGGCCUGUGUUUAGUGCGCACCAUGCUUCCUUCAGGCACCGAGGGGCCGCGGCUCUUCCUGCUCCUCCUGGGGUUCCUGAGUUCCUCAUGUCUCUGGGUGGAGGGGAGAUCUCGGAAGCCCAACGUUGUUCUCAUUCUGACAGAUGAUCAGGACGUGUCCUUGGGGGGCAUGACCCCACUGAAGAAAACCAAGGCGUUAAUUGCAGAUCAUGGAAUGACAUUUUCAAAUGCUUAUGUUGCCAGUGCCUUGUGCUGCCCAAGCAGAUCCAGCAUCCUAACUGGCCGAUAUCCACAUAAUCACCAUGUCCUCAACAACACUAUAGAGGGAAACUGCAGCAGCAAAGCUUGGCAGAAGACUCAGGAGCCAUACACUUUCCCUGCCCUCCUUUACUCCAGCGGCUACCAGACUUUCUUCGCUGGGAAGUAUCUGAAUCAGUAUGGCUCAGAGGAAGCUGGAGGGAUAAAUCACGUGCCCCCUGGCUGGAGUUACUGGUAUGCCCUGGAGAAAAAUUCAAAGUAUUACAACUACACACUGUCAGAAAAUGGCCAACCAAAACCCCAUGGGCAAAACUACAGUCAGGAUUAUCUGACCGAUGUCUUGGCUAAUGUCUCUUUGGAUUUCCUGAACUACAAAUCUAACCAUGAGCCAUUCUUCAUGAUGAUUGCAACACCAGCCCCACACUCUCCAUGGACUGCCGCCCCUCAGUAUGAGAAGGCCUUCCUGAAUGCCAGUGCUCCCAGGGGAAGUAAUUUCAAUGUUCACGGAAAGGACAAGCACUGGUUAAUUAGACAAGCCAAAUCACCAAUGAGCAAUUCAUCAAUCCAGUACUUAGACAAUGCUUUUCGGAAAAGAUGGCAAACUCUCCUUUCUGUUGAUGAUCUGGUAGAAAAACUUCUGAAGCAGUUGGAAGCCCGCGGCGAGCUGGAUAACACUUUUGUCUUUUUUACAUCAGACAAUGGAUAUCACACAGGCCAGUUCUCACUACCGAUAGACAAACGGCAGCUGUAUGAAUUCGACAUCAAAGUUCCACUACUUGUUCGAGGGCCUGGGAUCAAACCUAACCAGAUAACUAAAUCACUGGUUGCAAAUAUUGACCUAGGCCCAACCAUUCUGGAUAUUGCUGGUUAUGACUUGAACAAGACACAGAUGGAUGGGAUGUCAUUCCUUCCAAUUAUGACAAAUAAUACUAAUGUAACUUGGCGAACAGAUAUUUUGGUUGAAUACCAAGGGGAAGGAAGCAAUACAUCAGAUCCAACUUGCCCAACACUGGGCCCUGGUGUUUCUCAAUGUUUCCCUGACUGUGUAUGUGAAGACUCUUACAACAACACAUAUGCCUGUGUGAGAACCAUUGCAGCUGCCUAUGACUUGCAGUACUGUGAGUUUGAUGAUGCAGAGGUCUUUGUGGAAGUAUAUAAUAUAACAGCAGAUCCAAACCAACUAACAAACAUAGCAAAAACCAUCGAUAAGGAGAUUCUGGAGCAGAUGAACCAUCGCCUUAUGAUGCUACAGUCUUGUUCUGGACCAUCAUGUCACACCCCAGGAGUAUUUGAUCCCAGGUACAGGUUUGAUCCUCGGUUGAUGUUUAUGGACCAAGGGCAACAAAGCCACACCUUAAGCAGAAAGACUUUGAAGUAACUUGGAAAUGAUUUGGAAUUCUGCGUUCUGAGGACUGGUCCAUGUCUGCUGGUCAGUGUUGGGUGUGACAGUGAUUGGGAUCAUUCACUAGCUGGCCCCCCAAUGAAAUAUGUGAAUUGAAACACUUCAGCUGUGUUUUUAAAAUGACUGGACGUAAUUUCUGGCGUUGUUUGAUCUCGCUACUGUGUUUUUUGGAAUCUCAUUUAAAUGUAAAUGCAAAUCCUCCUCUUGGAUAAAGGAAAAUAGCACAAUGCCAUAGGACGUUUCCUUUUAUAGUCAUGGAGAACUGUUGUCUAAUCAGAGGAGGAGGAGAGAAGAGAAAAGCCAGGCCCUGUGAUUAUCUGCAGCUCUUAUGCUUUUAUUGUUAAAUCAUAACUUCCAUGUGUCAGAAAACUAUUUUAGCAGUGUGACAUAGAAAAUCACACCCAAGUUGCAUAAUGUAUUGCCACAUAGAUACUGGGGCAAAAUGACACCAAAAUGCAACAUAUCAAUACAAAUUUAUAUCUUCCCUCCUCCCCAAGUGACCACAUCUUGCCUUGUAAUUACAGGUUUUAAAAGGAAAGGCCCAAUAUUUUUUUAGCUUUUGUUUAACCUGUGCUUUCCAAGCAACUGUGAUGUUAAAGGGAUACUGCCAUAUAAUUUGUUUUUAUACCAAUUACACUUGAUAAAAUCAUUUCUUCUUCUAAAUACCAGCCUUACUAGGAUUCUAACAACUUUAUAGCCCACUGAAAUUAUUCAUUGCGAGCUUCUCUAUAUCUGAAAGUCUCAGGGUUUCCAUUGUUUACUUUUAUAAAGGCAGGAUUACUUGGCAAACAAAGCCCAAUACUGCACACUGCUCUCUUCAAGCCUGUGUUAAAAAAUAAAAAUAAAAAUGAGUUUAAAAUGGCAAAGCACCUUCAUAAAAAGUCUCAUUUUCAGAUAUUACACCAUGAAUAGUGACACUUCUGUUUUUACCUUAUCUAAUUUAAAAAUAGUGUAUAUUUGCUUUUCCCUCCCAGCCAUGUUUCCCAGCAGCAGCUCAGCAAACCACAUCAGUGACUUUCUAAACUGUUACAGUUGGAUACAUUAGUUGAUAUAUAUUUUUCAGCAGCAUUCCAUUUAUCUGAGUCUGCUGAGAAAUGUAUUGCAUUGUAAGUAUGAGAAGGAGGAAAAUGAAAUUCAUUUUUGAAACCUACAUUUCAGAAAAAUAGUAAAAAAUGAUUUAGCAGUUAAAAAAAGUCAUUAUUUGAGGUAUUCUGUUUUUAAAGAAUACAUUUGGGCAAGCUCUGGUACUUCGAAAAACCCUCAUCCCCUGCACACUGCAGUUCAUUUUCAAUUUAUGGGAGGGGGGGUUGCCUACACCCAUCUGAGUGAAUAACGCAGUGUUGUGCUGACUACAAAUUUUGACAUAGAGUUAUUCUGAAAAUUUUUAAAGCAGAUUAAUUGAAUGGCUAAUAUUCACUAUAUUUCUCAUUAUGGAAUUAAAUGAACUGAUGGCUCAUAAAAUAUGGUGGGCAGUUAGUAGGUACUAAGUCACAAGGCUGAUUUAAUGCUUUCCAGCCUUCCUGGCUCACCUUGCAGAUUCUGUAAGGUGCUGCUUACUUGCAUCUGCAGAGGUCUGUGGCCCAGAAAAGGAGGUAGGGUAGUUAAAGAAAUGAACAACACAGCACAAUGGGACUCAUUUAUAAACAGUAGUCAAAUUUCCACCUGGUCAGUAACCCAUAGCAACCAAUUUGCGAUUAGCUUUUUUUCAAACAACUGCCGGUUGAGCACUGAAAGCAGUUGUCUGAUUGGUUGUCAUGGGUUACUGCCCAGGUGCAAAUGUCCCCACUGUUUAUAAAUGAGCCCCACUGAAUCAAUACAACAGCCAUGUGUUUCACUGUCAAAAUGUCCUGCGUUAGUUAAUUAGUAGGAUCACUGCCACAAUAGCUAUAAUACUGCAGGCAUAAAUUGCACUAAUAUUCACGUUUCUGAAAUGACAGCAGGAUAUGUUAGAUAUCAUUUUAUAUCCCUUAACCUUGUUAUACACUGGGGCCUUCAGUAUAUUCUGGACCCCAGUGUGGGGCUUUAAAAGUGUUUUUUAUUUGAAAAGAUAGAUACAGUGAACAUUAUACUGAUUUUGUGCCUGUGGGUUUUGCUUAGUGUCUGCUCUACUAGAAAGCUCCUGCCUAUGUAGACUCAAGAAUAUUCUGCCCUGUUGGAGGCACUCAAGUGCAGGCCAUAAAUAUGUCUGUGUUGCUUCUCAGUGGCAUGAGAGGGAUCUUAGAAAAGGAUUAUAAGUGUGUGUAAUGUUGGAUAUCUCCAGUAUAUUCAUCAGGCAUGUCCCCACUCCCCACAGAAGUCACAGGAUUACUGAGCGUAAUGUUAUGUUACUGGGACCCGUCCAGCAUAUGCACUCAAUUCUUUACAAGUCAUGCUUGUUCUGGGACAUUUCCAAAGAUCCUACACGCUAACAUAUAUGUUAUUAGUAUCAGAGCGUAACAUCGCUUUGAGCAUAUUAUGAUUAGAAAUGUGGAAAACUGAUUCAAUUAAUCUAUUUAAGUAAUUUAGUUUAACUUUAUAUUGGAUAUAUACGGUAGAUACUGUUACUGACGUUUUCCAUCUUUCUCUUACCAUGUUAUCUAGUUAUAAUAUGUUAAACCAUUUAUUACUUAAAACUGUACUUGACGAUUGGCUUGGCAGAAGGCAAGUUCACAGGUAUCGUUUACUUUUACUGGUAAGCAAGUUUAUUAAUAUGAUAUAAACGCAUACCACCUUAGUUACCCUAGAGGAAUUUACUCCGUUAAAGUGGCCCUGACACUUUCAGUGAUCUGUCCCUAAACAACUCCAUGUAGAUGUGUGAUUUUAUGGGCUGGUUGUGUUAGAGUUUAGAUACGAUAUUAUAAAAAGAAUGACUUGCUGCAGGCCUUCUCAGUCUGGGAAAGCUUUCCAUCAUGGAAACUGCUGGACAGGAAUAUCCAUGGGGUUACCAAGUCCAUCCUCACUAAUGUGUUAUUGUGACCUGUAAAUGUGUGAUAGGCCAUGGUGCACCUACAGGUUUUAUGCCACUUUAAAUGAAUACUUUCUAUAGUUGUUCAGAAUAAACUGAUGGGCUGGCAGAUGGUGAACAUGUAUAACAGAUCCUGUAGUAUGCCCAUGUGCCAAUUAAAGACUGAUCAAUGUGUUAAUCUCUGUGCUAGCCCAGGCUAGUUGGAGAGGGGACAUUUUACCACAGAUUAAUUGGCACAAGAUGUCUACUGCAAACCGUUUUUAUGCUAUUAAAUAUAACUUAUAACAUAGCUAGUGUGAAUGGUUAAAGAGGGGUGGGUUGGGGCAUAUCCCUGAAUGUGCCAAUAUCAUUUAAAAUGUGUGACUUGUGGGGAAACCUUUCUAAUCAGCAGAUGCACUUUGUAUAUAUUAUAAAGCAGAGCUUCUUAUAGAUACAGUUGGUAAUGUGAAUGGGAAUUGUGCUGUUUAUGGAAGAGGCCUGUGCUGUCAAGUGGAUUAACUGCAGGUAGAUAUUCCUCAGCUGCACGAUGGGGUGGCCGGGCAAAGUGAUACCAUGUAAUAUAACUUGCCUGACAACAAAGCAGUUACCAAAUGUAAGGGUCAUAGACCAAUAGCAGUUCCCUUUCACAGACUGUGCCAUUUAGGUAAACCAUGUAAUAGCCCCUAUGUUCUACAAAUGCGCAGAGAAGAAACGAUCUUUGCACACACCAGAGGGGCCUCUUUUGCGGAGAGGCCUGAGGUAAUUGCAGAGGUUUUAAAUGGGGGCCCUGCAUGACAAGUUUCUCCAGGAGAUCUUUCAGUAGCCCCACAGUGAGAUGUAGCUGCAGCCUAAAGGGGGAAGGGGGUAUACUCCUAGCUAGUGCUGACUUGUGGUAUCUCUCAAUAAAGGCUUUAGGGGAACCCAGGGAUUUUUUCCCUGUGCUAGAGUGCAAUACAACCCUGUCCAACUGACCAUUGCCAUGGCCCCUGUGAUGUCAUGCCAUUGCGUGUGAAAAAAUGGGAAAUAUUUCUCUUAUGCAAAUCCACAGGGAAAUUAAAAACAGAAAAAAAUUACGUAACAUAAAAAUUGGGCUCUUUUAGACAUGCAGACAGAUAGAUGUGCUAUGGGACAUUAAUAAAUAAUCGUCUGGCAACAAAAUGAUCAUUAUUAAGUAUAGACACUUGUACUUAAAUACGUCAGCUGACAUACAGGAAGCAUCAGAGAGCAACAUUGUGCAGAACAUUUGAUUGCCCUGGUAAUUUGUAACUGCUAGAAAUUGCUUUUACGUUUAAAUAUUCACUUUUCUUUCUUUUCACUGAAUGUUUGAUCCUUAUAUCUAUUGUGAAACUUGCUUUUGUGUGUGUGUGAGACCAUUUUCUGUAGUAAGUGCCCUUUAACUGACCCUGUUCACUGCUGCACUUUUUCAAUAAAUGAUAAUUAACUCUU